AUGACUAAUCAUCUAAGGAAUGUAGGAAUCCAGCCUACUUUGAAAACAUUUUUGGCUCGUGCAGUAUACGAUAAUAUAUCAGAAAAUGCAGCGGAAUUAAACUUUUCACGUGGUGAUUUACUAACAGUAUUAGAUAGAAAUCCAUCUGGUUUAAAAGGAUGGUGGGUGUGUAGUAUACGUGGUCAACUGGGAAUUGCCCCUGGUAAUCGUCUGGAAUUACUGGGUCUGAUCAAUAAAAACAAAGAAAGAGAUACGUCAGACGUUUAUGACGAUCCGACUGGAUGGUGUAUAUCGAAUAACGACAGCAGCAAUAAUAACAACAACAAUCCUUACUCAGAUAAAUUAACAUCAUCUUUCAAACCGACAAGUAUUAUGAAAAGUAGUGGAUUCGAACAAACACGUGCCUCAUCCAAUCAGAAUUCCGGUUCAGUGUAUGAAAAUUUAGACCAUUAUACAAAACAUUAUAGUCCUGUCGGUUUGACUGACAGUGGCAAUUUCUCUAAUCUAUCAAGUGAUGUCUCUUUUAGUAUACAAUCGAUGAAUGAUGGGGCAGUUGGGCAAAGAAAUAAUUUAGACGAUUCUUAUGAAGACUAUGAAGAUUUACCAGCUAGUAUACCAGAUGAAUUUCGAGACUCAGAUAGAACUCAGACUCAGAUAAAACAAGAAUCUGUUCACUUCAAUCAUAAUCAUGAAAAGACACAGAAUGAAAUCAAUCAUUUUGAAGAAUCUUCAUUACAGAUAAAAAAAGACCAACUACAUCCUUCAGUAUCAGUACAAAAAUUGAAUGAUAUUAAAAUCGAAUCAAAUUCAAGUUGUCUUAAUGAAGAUAGAAGUUUAUUAAACGGUAUGAAUACAAAAGCCUCUAAAAUAAGUACUUCGUGCUCACCUCUGAAAACUGAUUUCACAAUAGAUAUUGAUAGAAACAAAUUGAAAUCAUCUGUUGAAUUAACUCCAAGUACCUUUAAUUCAGUUAAAGAUUUUACUGGUUAUUGGUUACCUAUUCAAGCAAGAAUACAGAAUAAAUGUUUAAAUUUAAUGAAUGUACUACAUCAAAGUAAAUCACUGGAUUCAACAGGUUCAAUAUUUUCAUUAUUUAGUCAAUUGGACAAUGAAUUUAUUGUUAUUAGUCAAUUAUGCACAAUAAUGAUUGGUCUUUCAAAACAGUCAUCAUUAGAUUAUGGUCUAACACGUAAGUUUAUUACAUAUCGUCAGAAUAUGGAGAAUUUAGGCGAAAUAUUCAUUAAUUUUUCUAAAAGAAAUUUAAAUACUGGUUAUAAUAAUCAAAAGGAAACAUAUCAUUGUAAAGAUUUUGAUAAACAAUCUAUCCUUAAUAUGAACAGAAAUGAUCAUGUUCACACUGAUGAAAAUGAUAAAACUAUAACUUUAUUCGAACAUACUAUUCAACAAUUACUCACUGAAGUCAAUUUAUUCUAUACAACAAUUUUAGCAAAUUCUAAAAUAUUAUUCAAUAAUUCAAAUAAUAAAUCGUCUGAAUUAGUUCCUAAAAUAUGCCAAUCUGUACAAGAAAGUAAUACAAGUUAUCAACUAAACAUUCCUUUCUCUUCAUUUUCUCCAAUUACAGAUAAUCUUUAUCAAUCUUUUACAGAUGAUCGAAAAUUUUUAUCUAAAUCUCAUGAAUCUAUCAGCACUAUAUCAAAUUCAAUGUCAAAACAACAAAUAGAAUUUUCUAAAUUACAAAAGUUUCAAAAUUCUCAUUUCCAAAAAUUAUCUCAACUAUGCUUAAGUGUACUAAAAGUUAUUGAUGAAUACUUUAACUAUUUACUUCAAUUUCAAAAUGAUACUGUAAAAGGAUAUUCUUUUUCUCAUAAAAAUUUAACAAGAAAUAGUCUAUCUAUACAGUCAAUUAUUGGACAGACUAAAAUGGUAAUGCAGUCAUGCAGUGAAGUAAUACGUUGUACAUCAAUGAUCUGUAAUGAUAUGAAACUAUCAUCUUCUAGUCAUUAUGAUGACAAUCUUCAUAAUAGUAACUCACUUUCAUCAAUAGUUCAAGUGGAUUCUUUAAAAAAAUUAGAAUAUAUAGCUGAUCAAAUUUGUGAAGCUUUAAAGGGUUUAGUCACUCAAACUAAAGAGAUAGCAAAGUUUAUUACAAAUGAUUUUGAAAAUUUACCAUAUAAUAAAAUUAUUCCAAUCCCUGGUCCAUUACUACAACGUUUAAAUGGAGCGCUAAAAUCUGUUCAAUAUUCAAUUGAAACAUUGAACAAGUGGGUGAAUAAAGAAUACUGUCAAAAAAGUAAUACAAAAUAUUUAUCUGAAAUACAGAUGACAAAAGAUUAA